AUGGAAGCUGUGAAAAAGAAGAUGGCAGGCUUGCGAAAAGAGGCGGAAGAUGCCUUGCAGCGAGCUGAACAGUGUGAAGACCAAUUGAGGGACACUGUGCAACGAGAGGAAGAGGUUAAAGAAAAAAUUGAUGAAUUGAAUAAGGAGAUUGAAGAAACAGAACAACAAUUAGAUGAUCGUGAAAGUAAGCUGGCAGAAACCCUUAAAACUCUGCUAGAGGCAGAAACUAAAACAGAUGAACAUGAAAGGGCACGAGCUGUUCUAGAAAGUAGAACUAACACAAGCAAUACUAAGUUGGAGGAACUGGAGCGACAAUUGAACGAAACACUUGCUGCUCGAGAAGAAGCAGAAACCAAAUAUAAAGAGAUUUCCGAGAAAUUGGAAGAAUUAGAAAAAGAAUUGGAAGAAGAAGAAGAAAAAGCUGAUACGGCAGAAGCGCGCGCGACGCAGCUGGAAAACGAUCUCAUUUUAACGACAAAUAAUAAGAAGAGCAUGGAAGUCAGCAUGAUGAAGGCUCAAGAACGAGAAGAAGUGGCUAAAGCUAAAUUAGCAGAGAUGGAGGAAAAAUGUGCUGAGGCUGAACAGGAAGUACGUGAUGCCGAAGAUUCAGUAACACAACUUGAAAAGACUUUAGAUGAGCGUGAAGAUGAACUACAAGAGGAAAAAGAAAAUUUGAAAAAAGCUGAAGAAGAAUUAGCUAAUGCCAUGGCUGAACUACAAUCUAUCUAA